AUGAUUAAAACGAAAAAUUCAGAAAAUAUUUUUUUAUUUAUUCCUAAUAUAAUAGGAUAUGCAAGAGUUAUUUUAGCCAUCAUUUCAUUUUAUUUUAUGAAGACACAUUAUGUAAUAGCGACUUCAUGUUAUAUUAUAUCGGCUCUCUUGGAUGCUUUCGAUGGUCAUGCUGCUCGAUAUUUUAACCAAAGUACUAAAUUUGGGGCAAUAUUGGAUCAAUUAACAGAUAGAUGCGGAACGAUGGGACUAUUGGUCGUACUUAGUAAUUUUUAUCCAACAUACUUAUUUUGGUUUCAAAUGGUCAUGAUCAUCGAUGUCGCAUGUCACUGGAUUUAUUUACAUUCAUCACUUUUACAAGGGAAAACAUCGCAUAAAUUUGUCGAUCUCUCGGAGAAUGCAAUCAUGAGAUUGUAUUACACCAACAAAACAAUUUUGUUUUUCAUGUGUGCAACAAACGAACUUUUCUUUGCAUCUCUUUACCUUCUUAAUUUCACUCCUGGUCCUAUGAAAAUUUUCAAAAUUCUCACAUAUGCCACUGCUCCCUUCAUGUUAAUUAAAAAUUUCAUAAGCUUAAUACAAUUAUUUGUCGCUUGUAAAAAUAUCGGUGUCAUCGAUGUUAAAGAACGAGAAUCCCUUGGAAAAAAUGAUUAA